AUGCGCUUCCUCCUCGUCACAACUCUCGCAGCUCUCGCCGCAGCACAAAGCACCACAUCGAUGAGUGCUAGCGCAAGUGGCAGCAUGACAACCUCGACCUCCUCAGCCUCACCUUCUUGCGGUGUAGGUCAAUCGACCUGCAACGGCGUCUGCUUCGACAGCAGCGAGUACACCUGCUGCCCCGCAGGCCUGUGUGCCAGCGGCAGCUACUGCGGUCAAGACAAUUCCGGCAACGCUGCCUGUUGCGCCCAGAACACCGCGGGAACCUGCUCGGCCGCCUCGACACCUACAUCUCUCAGCCGUGGUGCUACCGCUUCGUCGGGAACCGCAUCAGCGACUUCAUCUUCAGCAAGCGGAAGCAAGAGUGCUAGCUCUUCCUCAACUGUCUCUAAUUCCAGCACUGCUACUUCUUCAGGCGCCGCUGGAGGCCAUGCCGACUCCUGGCUCUCCAAUGCCGUCACCUAUGCCGCUGGAGGUCUCGUCGCUGCUGCUCUGAUCUAA